AUGGGAUCUCCUGCCUUUAGACAUACUAAAUCCUUGUCUACCACCAAGCAUGAAUUAAGAGAUUGGAAUUAUAAUAUUUUUGGUAAUAUCUCCACCAAGAUCAUUAGAUUGGAAUCUACUUUACAAAAUCUGUUAAAUGCUAAUAAUGCUCCUAACUCUGUUGUUGUUGUUUUGGAAGUGCAAUCCAAGCUUAAACAUUGGCAUGACAUUGAAGAAGAUUUUUGGAGGCAAAGAGGUAAGGAAGAAGCUUUUAAAUUUGGAGAAAGAAAUACAGCCUACUUCCAUAAUAAAACCAAUUUCAGGAGGAAAAGGACUCAGAUUGAAACUAUCCAAAAUGAGAUGGGAAUUUGGCUUACUGAGAGGGAGGAAAUUGCUGCUAAUUUGAAGAGUCAUUUCUUCAAAAUGAGCAGAACUGCCAGACCCCCUAAUGUUGGCUCUUAUCUAGACCAUAUAGUUCCUUGUAUCACUGCUGAAGAUAAAAACAUGUUAAAUAGCAUUCCUAGUCAUGAAGAAGUUAAAAAUGUUGUCUUUAGUAUGCAACCUUGGACAACUCCUGUUCCUGAUGGAUUCCCACCUGGAUUCUAUCAUGAAAUGUGGUCUACACUUGGAGAUGACACUGUAAGUAUGGUUCGGCUUAUUACUGACAAUAUUGUGAUUGCCCAUGAGUUAAUAGAUUCUAUGAAGCAUUGUAAAGCUGAAAAAGGCUGGAUGGCUAUCAAGCUGGAUAUGUCAAAAGCUUUUGACAGAAUAGAAUGGAGCUUCUUGCUGGAGACCCUAACUAAAUUAGGCUUUGAUGAAGAUUUUUGCAGCAUGAUUCACCAAUGCCUUUCCACUGUCAGCACUUCUAUCAUGCUAAAUGGCUCUCCUGGUGAUAUCUUUACUCCUCAAAGGGCUUAA